CCGAUUCAUGCCUAUCUUCCAAUCCCACCGCUUACUCUUAUUCACGCAAUCGUUGUUUCACAUAACUCUUUGUUGAUCACAGGCUAUCUGACACACAACAAAGGCAAGCUAAACCUAGCAACAUCCAUCUUUUUCAAUCAAUUACUCCUAUUUGGACCACUUUCUGUCAUCGCUGCAAUGCUUGGCGAACCAUGUCCGCUCCUUAUCGCGCCUGAAUUCAUCUACAUCUAUGCUGGUGUGCAUAUCUUCAACGUAUUGAGCGGACUAGGCUCAGCCUUGAUUGGGAUAAGUCAAACAGGCGGAGCAGGUUUCUUGCUAGAUACACUAUUUGUUGCAGUGGAUGCAUUCGCUCGUGUGGACGGUAUUGCAGUUUUGGGAGUAGAAGUUGUUCGUAACCAUGCCAAUCCAAUCGUUUCAGGUUCACCUUUUGCUGCGUUGUUGAUCGGAACAGGUGUGGGUGUUGGAAGCUUGUUGAUGUUGGGCUUGAUCUCGUUCGAAUCGACUGAAUGGAAUUUACGCACGCCGCUUUGGCUCAAAACACCUUCUUUGCUCGUUGGUCCGGAUUAUAUCAGCUCAUUCUUGGCAACUUUGGCAUAUUACGUCUUGACUUCU